UCUUGAACUGUCAUUUUAAGAAAAUCAUUUAUCAGACGGGACACAUCAUCUAACGUUCCAGAUUGUACAAUUUUGAAUUGGAACGAUAAAUCAUCUCAGUAUUGAUGGCAAUUAAAAAUUUAUAAUCUCGCGCGAGAUUAUGCAUGCGAUAAUAUCAACAGUAAAUAAGAGUGAAUACGAUGUAACGUACCUUGACAUACCUGCAUAUCUUGACUCGCUUAAUGUCUUUCGAAAGUGAACCGACGAACAAAAGAGUAAGGCGUAAACAUUCGGAGGGACAAAUGUGACAUAUCUUUUGUUGUAUAUACAACUAGCUAAGCCGCUAUUUAAAGGAAAUUAGUCCAAGAUGAGCGUUCUCGUCGAUGGUGUCCAGCACGAGAAGACAAAUAUCGGGGGACAUGCGAGAUCAAACUCAAAUACCUACGCGCUCAGCGACACGGGGGAAGAUAUGAUGAGAGGCAGGUUUAAUAAAUCGACUCAGAGCGAUAUCUCGUGGAAGUUCAGCAGAUCCAGACCGGCAUCUCUCGCGUAUAUGUCGACGAAACAAAUUCAGAUGAGCGAGUCGAGUUUUUCCACGCAUAGCUCGAGGAGUACACUAUAUCCGGUUCAGAGCGAAUUGGUCUUAUCGCCUAGAAACAGAUACAAUAACAACAACAACAACAAUAGAUACGUAUCUCUAGAUAUGAGAUCGGUCAAUAGUCUUCCGUAUUCAACCUCGAACAAUCACAUCUUGGGUAGUAAUAAUAUGCCGUACACGUGUUGCUGUACGUGUCCACAAAUCCCGCCGGUGACACCAUCCUCGCAUCAAAGCGAUGAGCAUGACGGACCCGAGGGUCUCUCGUGGAGGAGACUCCACAUGAGCAGGGCUAAACUGAAAGCAACUGCAACCACAUCCGAGCUUCUUAGCGGAUUCGCAAUGGUGGCGAUGGUAGAACUGCAAAUCAAUGAGCCGACAGCGGUACCGGAAUGGCUAUUUGUCAUGUUUGCAGUUUGCACUACCUUCCUGGUAUCGGUACACAUCUUCGCGUUGAUGAUAAGCACGUAUCUCUUACCAAAUAUCGAAGCCAUAAGUAAACUCCAAGUCUCGCGUCUUAUAACGGAGUCACCGCACGAGAGAAUGCGCGGUUUCAUCGAAUUGGCUUGGGCAUUUUCCACGAUACUGGGACUGUUUCUCUUUUUAGUAGAGGUGGCUAUUCUCUGUUGGGUCAAGUUCUGGGACUAUUCUUUUACCGCCGCCACUGCCAGCACUGUGAUAAUCAUUCCUGUGCUUAUAGUAUUUGUCGCUUUUGCCGUUCAUUUUUAUCAUUCUCUAGUAGUUUACAAAUGCGAAAGUGUAGUAUCGGAUAUGAAGGAUCUAGAGAGUAUAAAAAGAAAUCUGGACAAUGUGACGAUGGGGCAAACUAACGUAUAAAUUUCCGAGAUGUGACGUGACAAUUUGUAAUCAAUAUUUUAAUCGAUUAUCCUGAAUAUGAAAGGAGAUACCUUAAACUUGAAAGAUGACGAAAGUAAAAAUUAUAUCAUAUAAUUCAUAGUGGAAUACAAAUCGAUUUUCAAGCGCAAAUGAAUACUCGGGCUAAUAAUGGGAAAUAUUAUCCGAUGCAAAAAAACCAAGAUAUUUUUAGCGCGAGAAUGUGACGUAAGAAAAAACACAAAUACAAAUUUAUUAUCAAUAACUUUUACUUUUCAAACGCGACCAUAUACGAAAAUGGUCAAGUUUUAUUAUAUAUAAAAAAUGUACAUAGCUGUACACAUGCAAGUCAAGAAUUGCAACAGUACAAGCAAGUGCUUUUUUUUAGUAUGUUACCUCACUAUAAUAUAUCCAGCAUUUAAUAAUA